GGCCCGAUAACAAAGACCUCUCCGCUUUGUCGAACCUCCCAACUCCAACUCCCCUCAUCGCCCCCAAUCUACGAUAUCUAGGUGGCAACAUGGCGAGCCGCACGUUGAUCCCAUUCCUGGUCACGAUGAUGCUCGUGACCGGGGUUUGCAACACCAUUUUAAACAAAUAUCAGGACAUGCAAUGUGUUCGAAAUUGUGAUUCUCCCGAUCCUAGUGAGCGAAAGAUGUUUGAGCAGCCAGUAAUUCAGACAGCACAAAUGUUUGUCGGUGAGAUGGGCUGCUGGCUAGUCCUCGGAUUAUCAAUUAUAUAUCAACGAUUCAUUGCUCCUCGUUUGUCCCGCGACCCCUCCCCUCUCUUGGCGGGUGGCUACCGUCCUAUCCGCGGCGAGGACGGCGGCUUAGAAGACGAUGAGCACACGAUCGAUGAGAAUGGUAACGAGCGCAGAAACUCGAUCAAAUCUUUCGUGGAUGAUGAAGGCCGUAUUCCGCUGCGUGGAUGGAAGAUCCUCCUCCUGGCUGCGCCGUCCUGCUGCGAUAUUGCAGGGACUACCCUUAUGAAUGUGGGCUUGCUCUUUGUCGCAGCGAGUGUCUACCAAAUGACUCGAGGAACCCUCGUACUUUUCGUCGGACUUUUCAGUGUUAUUUUCCUCCGACGAAAGCUGUACUUGUACCAGUGGAGUGCACUGUUUAUUGUCGUUCUUGGUGUCGCACUCGUCGGUCUUGCCGGUGCUCUUUUCAGUGGUGACUCGGGCCAUGAUCUCACGCAGGAUGACAGUGUUUCUUCAUCCGCAAUUGCAGGAACCCCAGAGGCGGUAAAGGCUGUCGUUGGAGUGCUAUUGAUUGCCGGAGGGCAAAUCUUUACUGCCUCGCAAUUUGUGCUGGAGGAGUGGAUCCUCGAGAACUACGCCAUGGAUCCGAUCGAGGUUGUCGGAUGGGAAGGAAUUUUCGGUUUCUCCGUGACCUUUAUCGGCAUGUGCAUUAUGUACUUGGCGGUUGGCCGCACCGAGGCAGGCCAGUACGGCUAUUUCGAUAUGAAGGAGGGUUGGCACCAGAUCAUAACUAAUCGUGCUGUGGCCAUGUCCAGUAUUGCGAUCAUGUUCAGUAUUGGUGGAUUCAACUUCUUCGGUCUCUCUGUUACGCGCACCGUCUCUGCAACAUCCCGCAGCACCAUCGACACGUGCCGUACUCUGUUCAUCUGGCUUGUCUCUUUGGGGCUGGGCUGGGAAUCUUUCAAAUGGCUUCAGGUUGUCGGUUUCGGAUGCCUCGUCUACGGUACAUUCCUGUUCAACGAUAUCAUCCGUCCUCCCCUCAAGGCCUGUCUCCCUGGUGGUGAGCCGAGAGAUCACGAGGAAUUACUUCCGGAGGAACCGAUCGAGCAUAUCUAGAUUAUCUACAUAUUCUCUUGGCUAGUUUGGACU